GCGGCUGCGGCGCCGAGACCUCCCCGCCCCUGCAGCCCGCCGGCCCCGCCAUGGAGGUUCAAGAUGCUGGGCAAGAGAUGGUGGCGUCUUCUGCCACACCAGGAUCAGGCAAAUCAAAGCUGGACACACUGCCCAAAGAAGAUCUCAUCAAGUUUGCAAAAAAGCAAGUGAUGCUUAUACAGAAAGUGAAGUCAAGAUGUACAGAACUAGAGAAAGAGAUUGAAGAACUCAGAUCUAAAGCAGCUACUGGAGGAGCUGAUGAUAUUAUUCAGGCUCUCACAGAAAGACUGGAUGUUGUACUUCUGGAAAAAGCUGAAAGUCAGCAGCAGUGCGUAGCUCUGAAAAAAGAAAAUAUUCAAAGAAAGCAAGAAGCAGAGGCUGCAGUGGCUAAGACAGAAGAAUUGCAGAAGCAACUAGAGCAAUCAAGUGUUGACUCUCUGAAAGAAAUAAAAGCUCUGAAGAGUGAAUUAGCAAAUGCACAAUGCAAACACAAUGAGGACUUAACAAAGCUGAAAAUGGAAUUAGAGGAACAAGUGAAGAAACAAAUGGGGCUGGUGGAACAGAUUGAAUGUCAUAGUGAUAGUCAAAAAGAAGUUAAAAGAUUACAAGAUGAUGUCCAAAGGAUUAAAUCUACUUAUGAGGAGCAAAUUUUGUGUCUGAACAAGCAGUUGGAAACUGUGAAUGAAGACAAAAACAAAGAAGUGACAAAUCUGCAAGAAACUAUUAAAAGCAACUCUCAGUGUUACCGUAAUGAAAUCAAAAAUCUGAAUGAAGAGCUUAAAAAAUUAAAAAUUGCCCAUCAGGAAGAGGUGGCAGAGUUGAUGCAUCGGAUUGAAAUAUCAUCUAAAGAGAAUGAAGAAAAGCAAAAUCAGAUAAAUCAGUUACAGCACAAUUUGGCAGAGGAGAGCCUAAUAAAAGAGAAAAAUACAAAGGAUGAAAUGUGUGCCUGUACUGACCAGCGUGAAUAUGACUUGGAGCAGCUGAGAGAAGUCUUAAAUAAAAAUGUAGAAAACAAGAUAGAUGAUGUAGAUACACAAGAAGAACUUUGUGUAGAAGCAAAAAUGGAAGAAAAGGUUAGGCACCUGGAGCAUAGUUUAGAAGAGCUCCAGUCCCAACAUAGUAUAUUAAAAGAUGAGUUAACUUACAUGAGUAAUGUUAAACUAAAACUGGAAGAGGAAAUCCAUCACAUAAAGGAUGAGUACUUUCAUGAGCGGGAAGACUUGGACUUUAAGAUAAAUGAAUUGCAACUCACUAAAGAAGAUUACUGUUGUGUAAUUGAAAAACUAAAAUUGGAGCUUCAAGCAGCAAGACAGCACUGUGAAACCGCUGUAAAAGAGCGUAACUUAGAGACCCAAACUCUGAAAGAGCAACAUAAGAGAGAAAUUUCUGAACUAAAUGAAACUUUAUUAUCUGAUUCUGAAAAAGAAAAGAUGGCAUUAGUUUUUGAAAUGCAGGAACUUAGAGAACAACUUGAAAAGCUAACUCAGGAGAAAGAAGAAGCAGUGUCCAAUUACAACAGCCUGAGAGAAACAAUGGAAACUCUACAGGCUGAGCUAGGGGAAUCUGCUGGAAAGAUCAGCCAGGAGUUUGAAUCAAUGAAACAGCAGCAAGCUUCUGAUGUCAGUGAACUGCAACAGAAACUCCGAGCUGCUUUCAAUGAAAAGGAUGUUCUUCUUGAAACUGUGAAUCGCCUCCAGGAAGAAACAGAAAAAUUGUCAUCUAAUCAGCUAGAGAUAGAAGAACUUAAAUGUAAAAUUGUUAGUCUUCAGGAGGAGAAUAACAUAAUAACAAGCUCCAUUGACCAAAAAGAAACUGCUAUGAAAGAACUGGAAGAGAAGGUCAUUGCUCUUACUGAUCAAAAUAAGGAUAUUUUAAAUGAAGUAAAAUGCUUGAGUGAAGAGAGAGAAACCCUUCAGGAAAGGUGCAAGCAAGAACAAGGAAAAGUUCAGGAACUUCAGCAAGAAACAGAUGUUGCUAACCAGUACAAUAGCGACCUGAAGAAAAAGGUGGAGGAAUUAACAGAGAGACUGAACGAAGCUUUAACUAGGAACAGUGAAAAUGCUCAAACACUAGAGCAACUGGAAAACAAGAUUGACUCUCUGGUGCGUGAAAGAGAGAACCUUUCAUCUGAAGCAUAUACUCUUCAUGAGGAAAAUAAGAAAAUCAUUCAGGAAAAAGGCGAAUUAAGUGAAGAGCUGGAAAAGAUUAUAUCUGAAAAAGAUGGUUGGUUAGUGUUGAAAGAGCAGUCUGAAAACUUAGAAAAGAAACUACAAAUGAUGCUGCAGAAAAAAAAACAUAUAUCAACAUUACUUGAAAGUGAACAAGCACACAGAUCCCUUGUAAAAACUCAGCUGUACCACUUACUUGAGCAAGUGGGGUCCAGCAUUUCAGAUUCUAAUGAGGAAUAUGAUUCUCUUAACUUGUUACAAAUUGCAAAUGAAUGCUUGGCAAAAAUGAAAGAAGAGCAGUGCCUUGCUCUACAGAAUGAGGAGAAAGUUCUUCAUUUGCAGCGGGAAGUUGACAGACUGGAGGAAGAAAAUGCAGCUCAAUAUACAGAACAUAGAUCCCUGAUUCAGGAUUUUGAAAAAGAAAAGGAUCUCUUGAGAGAAGAAUUGGAAGGAGUGUUGUCUGAAAAAGAAGCACUUCAACAUGAUAUCCAGGAGCUGAAGAAUGCCAGUGAAAAAACAAGGAUUGAAUAUCAAGAUCUUUUAGCUAAUAUUGAAGAGAUCACUCAAAAACUUGCUUUUUGUGAAAGUCAAAUACAAGAACAGCAAAAAGGAUCGGAAAAACAAGACGACUUAAAUUUCAUUCUGGAACAAAAGGAAACUGAACUUAGAAAUGUGAAAGACGAACUGAGUUCUCUAAAGAAUUUAAUGGAGACAUUGACUGAGAAAACUGAUCAACAGUCUUCAGUAGCAGAGCUUCAAGAAAAAAUUGGAAGGCUGGAAAAAGAAUCUGCAGAAAAAGGAGAGAAGCUAAAUAAAAUUAAGGUUGUUGCUGUGAAAGCAAAGAAGGAAUUAGAUGCCAGCCGAAAAGAGAUGCAGACUCUGAGGGAAGAAUUGGAGUUGGUUCGAUCAGAAAAAGAUCAGUUGUCUGCUUCAAUGAAAGAUGUCAUUCAAGGAGCUGAAAGCUAUAAGAAUCUUUUGAUGGAAUACGAUAAGCAAGGAGAACAGCUGGAUUCUGAAAAAUGCAGAGCAAAUAAUCUUGAACGUCAGAUAGAUGACCUCACAAGACAGCUACAGGUGUCAUCCCAGCAGGUCAGUUCUGUAUGUUCUGCUAAUGAAGACCUCCUCGCUCGUGUUGAAACACUACAAUAUAAUGCGAAGCUGCUGGAAGCUCAGAUACUGGAGAUACAAAGAGCCAAGGCAAAGGCUGACAAAGAUCUAGAAGCUGAAAAGCUUCUAAAAGAACAGAAAACAAAGGAACAUAGUGGUGCUCUCCGAGAAAUGGAGGAGCUUCAGAUGGAACUUCAGAAGGAAAAGAAACAUCUGCAGAAAACUAUGCAAGAACUAGAGCUGGCCAGAAAGGAUGCUCAAAAGAGUACACUGAUGGAUAUGGAAAUAGCUGAUUAUGAAAGGCUAGUAAAAGAACUUAAUCAGAAGAUUACUGAUAAAGACAGCAGAAUAGAAGAUCUCGAGCAAGAGACGGGGAUUCAGAAACAGAAGCAGGAGACCCUACAGGAAGAAAUAAAGUCACUUCAGUCAACUAUGCAACAGGAUGAGGAAAGAAAUGCCAAGAUAAAACAACUCCUGGUGAAAACCAAAAAAGAACUGGCUGAUUCAAAACAAGCUGAGAAUGACCAUCUAAUGUUGCAGGCAUCAUUAAAAGGGGAACUGGAAGCCAGUCAACAACAAGUGGAAGCCUAUAAGAUUCAAGUGGCUGUACUAACAUCAGAAAAGCAUAAAGUUCAGGAACACCUGCGAACUUCUUCGGAGCAACACCAGCGUACGUUGAGUGCUUACCAGCAAAAAAUUGCAACCCUGCAAGAAGAGUGCAGAGCAGCCCAGGCUGAACAAGCAUCUGUUACAUCUGAAUUCGAGAGCUACAAAGUCCGUGUUCAUAAUGUUCUAAAACAGCAAAAGAAUAAAUCUGCUUCUCAGACAGAAUCUGAGGGAGCCAAACAAGAAAGAGAACAGUUGGAAAUGGUGAUAGAUCAACUUAAAGUUAAGCUGCAAGAUGCUCAGCAUAAUUCACAGAUGAAUGCAUCUGAACUCCAGGCGUUGCAGUCUGAACACGACACCCUGCUGGAAAGACACAAUAAGAUGCUGCAAGAGACUGUUGCAAAAGAGGCAGAACUCCGUGAAAAGCUCUGCACAAUACAAUCAGAGAACAUGGUCAUGAAAACAGAGCAUGCCCAGGCUUUGAGUCAGCUGACAGCCCAGAAUGAAGCUCUCCGGAACAAUUUCAGAGAUCAAGUCAGGAACCUGCAAGAAGAGCACAGGAAGACAGUAGAGACACUUCAGCAGCAACUGUCCAGAGUAGAAGCUCAGCUCUUUCAACUCAAGAGUGAACCAAGCACUAGAGGUCCAACUGUUUCAAAUCCAGCAACGAAGAACUUAAGAGAACGGCGAAACACUGACCUUCCUGUUCUCGAUGUGCACACUGUAGCUAGGGAAGAGGGAGAAGGUAUGGAAACAACGGACACGGAGUCUGUCUCAUCAGCCAGCACUUAUGUACCAUCCUUGGAACAACUUCUGAACUCCCCAGAAGCAAAACUUGAACCAUCUCAGUGGCAAACAGAACUCACCAAGGAUGAACUGAUUCAGAAACUAAACACAACAGCGAAGAGUGCUGAUCACUUGAAUGAAUUACUUCGUGAAUCAGAAGCAACCAAUGCAAUCCUAAUGGAACAAAUAAAGCUUCUUAAGAAUGAAAUAAGAAGAUUGGAACGAAAUCAAGAGAGAGAAAAGUCUGUGGCUAAUCUAGAAUACUUGAAGAAUGUUCUAUUGCAGUUCAUAUUUCUAAAAUCGGGAAGCGAGAAAGAAAGGCUGCUCCCAGUCAUAGACACCAUGUUGCAGCUCAGCCCUGAAGAGAAGGGGAAGCUAGUUGCAAUCGCCCAAGGUGAGGAAGAGAGCACCUCACGGCCCUCUGGGUGGGCUUCGUACCUCCACAGCUGGUCAGGACUUCGAUGAGACAGUGGAAACGCUGAAUCUUCAAACACAUUCCACAGUUGCAAAAAGAGAAAUCUUAAUGUAGAAGAACAAUCUGUUGGUGUUGUAGCAUUGAACUACAGGUUUUUAUUUCUGCGUGUUCUUUUCAGUUUUUUAGGCUCUUCUAAGAAAGGAGCCCUCAGUAGCUCUGAAAGACUGUCCUAUAUUAUGCUCUGACAGCAGUGAACUAUUUCUCUUGUAAAUGUUAAAGCUGAUGAUCAGAAGUAUAAUGAGAAGUGACAAAUUAAUUACAAAUUGCUUGGAAACAGAAUUUGACAAACCUGUGAUGGCUCUUUUGAUAUUUAAAAACUUGAUCUAAUACGGUAACUGGAAUAACUAGACUUUAGACUUAAAGCAUUUAAAGUGUUUAUGGUUUCUUUCACAUAUUUUUGUGAGCUCGCUAAUCUAUAUGGUUGGUGUUAUUCUCUGCCUGUUGAAGAAAUUAAAAUUGAGUUAUUUCCUCUCUGGUGAUGCUUACAAAAUGUAAGAUCAUUAAGAAACAGAAAUGGCAUUUUCUGCUUUGACUUGACUAAAUUUUUAGUCUAGGUUAUAUUUUUUUUUUUUUUUGCAAAAGCUGGAUUGAAAAUAUGAAGGCAAUGGUCCACAAAAUGUAGUGGGUGCCUAAAACUAUAUGAAAUACAAUGCUUGGCACACCUGGGGCAUGGUACUGUAGUAGAGAUUAAUGACAUCUAUGGAAGUCUUGGGAUUAUACUUCAAGAAUCAGAGGUCAUAAGUGAGCUAAAACUUUGGGAGAAAGGGCUUAAGCUAUGAGGUUGGAAGUUUGUGUUCAAGACCAGGAAGAAAUGUUUCAUUACUGUAGUGAUGUCUGUACUUAGAUGAAAAGACUACUCAUACUGACUUAGUCAUAUUGAAGACACUAAAGGGAGAACCUGAGUCCGUAGGUCAGACUCCUAACAAUAACUUCUGAAAGAACAGGACAGAGCUUGUGUCAAUAGAUGCAUCUUUUAAAUGUUCUAAUGAUUGAAGAUGUUAUACCCUUCUCUCACUUCUCUGUGUUUGCACACGUCAUUUGCACAAAUCUUUUGCACAGAUGAGAUAAUUUCUGUUCCAGGUUAUUCAAGAGAAUGUUUGGUUUUCUUCAAGAAAAAUAAAUCUCUGCCAUAGAAUUACUACUUCUAUUAUGAACACAGCACCUUUUUUUAGCUUCAGUCUUCUUUUUCCCCUUUGUAGUCCAUGCUGCCUUUCACCAUCUUAAUUUAUUUGUAAGUUAUUAAAAUGCAUUCACAUGGUUUUAAACCCUGCUUACCUUUCAACCAGAGUCUUCCCAUCUUUUUCACUCAUAUUUUCAUGCUCUUCUCUGCUGUUUUACAGAGAAUCAUUCCCUGGUAUACAUACCAAUACUAAAUAGUAUUCUUCCUUUCCUAUUUAUCUUAGUUGAGGCCCUGAGGAAAUGAUGCUCAUUCCUUUAAUAUUGCCUUAUUUGGGGCUGAGAUUAAUCUGGACAUAACAGCAGAAAGGCAGCACACAUUGAGAAUAAACUGUUCAGUAACUGUACUUUUGGUUUAAUUAUUUGCUUCUUGUGUAUAUUUCAGUACACAAUCAAGAAAGCCAACAGACUUUAUUUAGGUAUUUUAAUUCCUUUCCACAGUU